AUGAUGGGAGCUCUUGACUUCACCAAUCGCAUCAAACAGAUGGGGGCGACGGACGGUAUAGGCAAGCAGUACGCUCUACAGUUGGCCGAGCAAGGCCUUAACAUCGUGCUCAUCGGUCGCUCGCCGGAGAAGCUGAAGGCGACCGAGAGCGAGGUGCGCAUGCGCAGCAACGUGCAGGUGAAGACGGUCGUCGUCGACUACAGCGGCGGACGGGAGAUCUACGAUGACGUCGAGCGAGAGUUGGCGGGACUAGAGAUCGGCGUGCUGGUGAACAACGUCGGCAUGGGCUACGCGAGGAUGUCCGAAUUCCUGGACAUGGAGAGAGACUUGCAUCUGCGCAUGCUCAACGUGAACAUGAUGUCCUGCGUUGCUAUGACGUACAUCGUUCUGCCGCAGAUGGUUGAGCGCAAGCGAGGCCUCGUCAUCAACAUCGCUUCCCUGGCCGGCGUUGUCCCCCACCCGUUUGUGGCGACAUAUAGCGCCACAAAGGUGUUCGUGUGUUUUUUCUCGCGAAUACUGAAACAGGAAUACAAAGAGAAGGGCAUCCAGUUCCAGUUGGUGACGCCGGGAUUCGUGUCAACCAACAUGACGUCACAGAGGGAUGUGAGUGCGGGCUGUCCGACGGCGGAGACCUAUGUUCGCAGCGCCAUCGCUACCGUCGGCCUGCAGUCUCGCACCGCUGGCUACCUGAUGCACGAUCUCUUUGGCGCUGCUAUUCAAUUAUACUCCGAAAGAGCGCUGCUCAAAGAAUUGAAGAAUGAGAUGAUAAAGUUUAAAGCCAAACAAUGUAAAUCGGAAUAAUUCGCAACGAC